CAGUUGCGUCCGAGACGCCGUGUCGUUCAGGUACAAACAGGUGUGUGGGUUAAUUUUCGAAUUUUCCAAUCAAUUGCAAUUGCACAGAAUCGGGAUUUAAUGAGAUUUGGUCGCGAAUUUCCCGAACAGUGAGUAGAACGGCGGGCUCGUCCUUGGGGAGGACUCCUUUCGCGAAGAUCAGAGCUGCGUGGAGGUCAACCGGUUUGGAUCGGAAAGUGAGAGUGUGUCUAACGGGACCAGACUGCGAAGGAGUGAGGGCUCGUAAAAGUUUUAUCCCUACCGCGAGCGGAUAGUGGAAGCGACAGCAGCAUCCCCGAGAAGACGACACCGACGAAAUUGGGGAUCUGGAGCAUACGAAAGCGAAAGUGCCAGUGCAAGUGCUGUGAGCGAACCAAUCCUGAAGACUUCCACCUCCAACGCGCUCUCCCCGUGGGGUCGCAUUGGCUGCAAGCAUCGGGCUAUCAGCCACCUUUGAAGACUCCACAUCGCCGAAGAACCGCCCCGUACUCCCACCUUCGCCAGUGCUUUUUUGGGGGUGGAGGUAGUCGCGGUAUUGCGUGCAUUUGAACAACAAACCACCCGAUCGAAGGUUCCAACUUUGGAGCGAUCUCUCUUCGCGAACCAUUCGGGACGGUGACUCUCUCUCGCCACACUUCGCGAUCGCGCGAAACUCUCCACUCUCCGUCCGAAGUCGUUUUGGUUCGGGUGGCGAUCGCGCGCUCUUCUGUGGUCAACUCGUAGGACCCGACGGGAUCGCGAACAUCUGCAGUGCUAUCAAAAGCUUUUCGGAUGUGAACCGCGAAGCUUCUCCAUUCGCAAACGUCGCCGCCGCCGUUACGGUUUCCUUGCUGAUCGUUCGUCUGCUAAAGAAGAAACUCGGUACUCGUCCAGGUAGAAGACGAUUCGGAACCCAAACGAAAUCGAAAGUGAUUCUUCGUCGGACCCGUUCAACUGUUGAGAAUUGUGCUUUGUGUGACCAAUAAGGAUUGAUAUUCAGAUUUUCGGCGGAGAACUUGUUCAGUGGCUGUCGAUACGAGUUUGUCAACGGAUUCUUGUUUUUUUUUUUCGUUCGGAUGAAGAUAAAAAGUGAACUUGAAGGAGCUGCCUCCUGAUAGCGACACCCCAGUGAAUAGUGUUGAGAACAAAGAACCGCGCGUCCAGUGGAUUAACAUUGUGACUACGGUGAAGUGUCUUUCGUGCUGGAGGAGGAACAAGAUCAGCACCAGAGGGUCCUAGCACCUUCAACAGGUCUGGAAAACCAUAUUUAAUUCUACGCUGUCGUUUUUUGUUGUAUUCGAUGUUGUGCCGCUUGAUUGCUCUCUCUUUAGUUCUCUGGUAGAAGUAGUGUUUAGUGUGUGAAACUGGUCCCGUAUUUUGAGUUCGGCAUUCUUGAGUUCGACCCCGCUUCUUGAUUUUAUUGAACCUCUUGGGAAACCCAACCGAAAACCGGAAGGCAAUCGAAACCAUGAAGUUGCGCUGCUGCUGUGCGGUGAAGAUCUGUCCAAAAACUACCGAUUGGCCAGGGUUGUAUUCCUGGUAGUGCGAGUAGCCCCAAGUGUAGACAAGUGCAAGCUCCCUGCCAAGAGGGGGUGGGUGACUUAGUGUGGUGCAAGUGCGAACAGUUAAGGACAUGCGAACCCGUCUGGCUUCGUUGAUCGUUGUGAAGCAGGAACCAUUGUCGGAUGCGGGAGACGAUUACUACGGGCUCGGUGGAAGUGAUGGUAGUAGCAGUGUACUGGUAGCACCGGAAACGGCAAGGACGAAUGUGCAUGGAUUGAACGCGAAUGGUAACGGUUACAGUCACGACGGUGCUUUUGAACAUCUCAAUAAUAACAAUAACAAUAACAAUCAUCAUCUCCAUCAUCUAAAUCGGCAACAACAGCAUGUUGAGUUUGGUGGUGCUUUCUAUGGGCGUGAGCCGACGGCUUGUUAUGGCGGUCAGGGUGAUCUGAACAACAACCAGCAGCACAGCGGACAGGAUUUUCAGUUGUUUGACGAGAAAAAGUGUGCUCCACAACUUCUGUCGCAAGUUGUAACCUCACCGAGUGCCGUCCCGUCGUCGCCACCAGUGACGGCUUCACCCACGAGGACCGUCUGUGUGUCCCCGUCGAGCAGUAAUCCAGUCGCCGAUAAGAGUCUACUGGCAUUAGGUGCCGGUCUCCGAACCGCAGCAGCACAUUUGUCGAGUUCCGGUGGAUCCUUGCGGAAGGUCACCGGCAACACUUCAGGCGCUGGUGGUAGCAGCAGCAGUGCUAGCGGAACCAGUGGGAGUAGUACCAGCAUGUUAUUGCUGCAACAUCAGGCCAACUCUUUUAGUUCAGUUUCUUCGUUUGAUUAUUUGCUAUCACAGCAACAAAACCACCCCGAGCAAUCGUACCAUCAGUUGGGUGCGUUUGGCCCAUCACAGCAGCUGCCUCAACAACAGCACCAAGAAUCUCAACAUCAGCAACUCUCUCCAGGACUUCUUCCUACGACAAGUCAACACCAGUUAGACAAAUUCGUGGAACUCUUCGGUGCAUCGCAAUCGCAAUCCACCGAGGAAGCCAUCUCGUCCGAAUCGUACCUGGAUCAGACGCAACAUUCCAACAGUUCUAGCGACACCUUGGUAGGACUCGAGGAGAAUCCCUCCACCUUUGGUGGUUCCAACGACAGCAUACCAACGGCGAUUCUCAAGGCCACCUACAAGGAGGAAACCCUUACCGACCUUCAAGACCCUUUCAGUGCGGGUCCAUCUCGUGCACAAACCACCGAACCCGAACAGGACUUGCUUCUGGAAACGUCUUCUACCGAGGAACUUGGACUGUUGACUCUCCGUUCAAGCAGUGAUCCAGUCCUCGCAAGCAGCGCCCGUCAACAACCUCAACCACCUCAUCCCCAGCUGCUCCAGCAUCCAGCGCAGCGACCCGGUCCAAGGCCGAUCUCUUCCACAGAAAUCCCCAGUGGCAGCGCCGCCAACUCGCUACUACCAAGCUUCCAGGAAACGUAUCCCAUCAAGUACAAUCAACUAGCCAGCUUCGGACUCAAAAUGGACGAAGAUUGCUUCAAAAUAGCCGCAUCUCCACACCACCAAAGCGUAGGGUACGGUCACCACGGCUAUGGCCAUCACGCCGCCGCCGUUCACCAACCUCAUUAUGAAUUCCCGCAGCACACCACAGCCCCACCAACCCAAUACAGCAAUCCAUCCCCCGGAGGAAGCUUCUAUCCUACCCCGGCUUACGAGCAGCAUGCGGCGGUAAGUCAGCCCAGAAAUACGACCCAAACCAAUACCUCAACAAUUGUCUCGUUCCCUCAGAACUACGGUGCGGUCACGCCACAAGAUUCCUAUUCCCUUCCGCCAUUUCCAACCAUCGCCGAACUGCACGUCUCCACCACCUGCUAUCGACGAGCCUCGCUACCCCUGCAACGCUCAGAAUCCACCUCGAGCAGCGAAAGUCCCAAACCUCCACGGGUCGGUAUCUACAAAUACUCCGCUCUUCCAAGCGCGUCAAGCUCCGCAUCAAGCUCACCCGGCUACAUCAACAACAACAAUCCAAACACAAUCAACAACAAUGAGGUGGCAGCUGCUGCUGCUGCCGCCGCGGUUGCUGCUGCAGCAGUUGCUGGCAGUGCCACUCCAGCCCCUCGUGGGCCCACACCCCAAAGCCCUUCGCAGCUGUGCGCCGUUUGCGGAGAUACCGCAGCUUGCCAACACUACGGCGUUCGAACGUGCGAAGGAUGCAAAGGAUUCUUCAAGCGAACAGUACAAAAAGGCUCCAAAUACGUCUGUCUCGCGGACAAGGCCUGCCCCGUUGACAAGCGCCGACGGAACCGAUGCCAGUUCUGCAGAUUCCAAAAAUGUCUAGCCGUCGGCAUGGUCAAGGAAGUUGUCCGCACCGACUCCCUCAAAGGUCGACGGGGGCGAUUACCGUCCAAGCCAAAAUCUCCCCAAGAAUCGCCACCAUCCCCUCCGGUAUCGAUGAUCACCGCUCUGGUACGAGCCCACGUCGACACCACUCCAGAUCUCGCCAGCCUCGACUAUAGCCAGUACCGAGAGCCCGGUCAAAACGAACCCAUCAUUUCCGAAGCGGAAAAGGUGCAACAGUUCUACAACCUACUGACGACUUCCGUCGAUGUGAUCAAACAGUUCGCCGACAAGCUUCCCGGUUUCAGUGAUCUCAGCUCCGACGACCAGGAGCUUCUGUUCCAGUCGGCCUCGUUGGAGCUUUUCGUCCUGCGGCUCUCCUACCGGGCCCGGAUCGACGACACCAAGAUGACCUUCUGCAACGGAGUCGUCCUGCACAAGCACCAAUGCCAGCGAUCAUUCGGCGACUGGCUCAACGCCAUCCUGGAGUUCAGCAAAAGUUUGCACUCCAUGGAGAUCGACAUCUCGGCGUUCGCCUGCCUGUGUGCGCUAACCUUGGUGACAGAACGCUACGGGCUGCGGGAACCGAAAAAGGUCGAACUGCUGCAGAUGAAGAUCAUCAGCAGCCUGCGGGACCACGUGACGUACAACUCGGAGGCGCAGCGGAAGCCGCACUACUUCAACCGACUGCUCGGCAAGCUGCCGGAGUUGCGCUCGCUCAGCGUGCAGGGUCUGCAGCGGAUAUUCUACCUGAAGCUGGAGGAUCUCGUGCCGGCACCGCCGCUGAUCGAAAACAUGUUUCUCGCCAGUUUGCCGUUCUAAAGGAUCUUGGAGGGGGAAUGCGGCAUAUACGAAUGGUAAUGUGGGAAGUGCAAGCCAAGACUUGACAAAUGGUGUAGAUGCGCUACCUAUAAGUGAACGCGUGAGGUCCGCUAGGAAAGGCAGGUCGUUGCAAGUGUGCAAUGGAGAUAUCCGUACUUUAGAGUGUAAGGGAUUUUUUGCUGUGUGAGUGUUAAGUAUGCCCGAGAGUGACAUUACAGAAGUUUUUCUGCUAGCAAGCGUUGCUAAAUAAAUGUUCAAAUUACUCAAACUCA